GUACUUCAAGGUCUAGAUUAUCUACACAGCAAGUGCAAGAUCAUUCAUACAGAUAUAAAGCCAGAAAACAUUUUGAUGUGCGUGGACGAUGCCUAUGUUCGUAGAAUGGCUGCUGAAGCUACCGAAUGGCAGAAAGCUGGUGCUCCUCCUCCCUCUGGCUCAGCAGUGAGUACAGCUCCACAACAAAAGCCUGUUGGAAAAAUAUCCAAAAACAAAAAGAAAAAACUGAAGAAAAAACAGAAGAGACAAGCUGAGCUGUUAGAAAAACGCCUGCAGGAAAUAGAAGAACUAGAGCGAGAAGCUGAAAGGAAAAAAAUAGAAGAAAAUGUAACCUCAGCUGUACCAUCAAAUGAACAAGAAGAUGAGUACCACCCAGAGGUGAAACUAAAAACAGCUGAUAUAGAAGAGGUAGUAGAUGAAGAACCUGGAAAUGAUGAUGGUGAAACAGAAGAUCAGGAUGAAAAAGAAGACACAGAGAAAGAAAACACUGAAAAAGAUGAUGACGUUGAGCAGGAACUUGUCAAUGCUGACCCUACAGACCCUAAGUGGAUAGAAUCCCCCAAAACAAAUGGCCAUAUUGUGAACGGCCCGUUCCUAUUGGAACAACAGAUUGAAGAUGAAGAUGAGGAAGAGGAAGAAUGUCCAAAUCCAGAGGAAUAUAAUCUUGAUGAGCCAAAUGCAAAAAGUGAUUACUCUUAUAGCAGCUCCUAUGAACAGUUUAAUGGUGAAUUGCCAAAUGGACGUCAUAAAAUUCCCGAGUCACAGUUCACUGAAUUUUCAGCUUCAGUGUUCUCUGGAGCUCUGGAAUCUGUAGCCUGUGGUUCUGCUGUUUCCGAAGGAUCAACUGUAACCGAAAGAGAAGAGAGCAGCCCAUCUCAUGACAGGAGCAGAACAGUUUCAGCUUCAAGCACUGGGGAUUUGCCAAAAACAAAAACUCGUGCUGCUGAUUUACUCGUAAAUCCACUGGACCCAAGAAAUGCAGAUAAAAUUAGGGUUAAAAUUGCUGACCUGGGGAAUGCCUGCUGGGUGCAUAAACACUUCACAGAAGACAUCCAGACAAGACAAUAUAGAUCCAUAGAGGUUUUGAUAGGAGCAGGUUACAGUACACCUGCUGAUAUCUGGAGUACAGCAUGUAUGGCUUUUGAGCUAGCAACUGGAGAUUAUUUGUUUGAACCACACUCUGGUGAAGACUAUUCCAGGGAUGAAGACCACAUAGCAUUGAUCAUUGAACUGCUGGGAAAAAUCCCUCGAAAAUACGCUAUGUUGGGGAAAUAUUCCAAGGAGUUUUUCACCAAAAAAGGAGAGCUCCGACACAUCACCAAGCUGAAACCUUGGAGCCUCUUCGAUGUCCUCGUGGAGAAGUACGGCUGGCCUCACGAAGACGCGGCACAGUUCACAGAUUUCCUGAUCCCCAUGCUAGAAAUGGUCCCAGAGAAGCGUGCGUCAGCUGGAGAAUGCCUUAGGCAUCCGUGGCUGAAUUCUUAGCAGAGCCUCCCAGCUGUUACAAAAAGCCAGCAACCGCUUUCCAAUGCAUCGGACCUAAAUGGUGACUGUCACAAAUUCUUUAGCAGGAUCACACGUGAGCUGGCUUCAAUCCUCAGACCUUUGUUUUGCUUGAGGUACUGUUUGACAUUUUGCUUUUCGUGCACUGUGUUCUUGGGGAAGGGGUAGUCUUUUUGUCUUCAGCUGGUAGUUUACUCACCCACUUUCUUCAGAAAACACUUAACGUGUCUUUAAGCAUUGUUUCUUGUGUUGUGUGGCAUUCAGAUGUCAGAUUUUUGGACAAAGGAAACUUCCCCCCAUGUGUUUUGGCAAGUUUUGUAACUAUUUAUGAAAAAAAAAAAUAUUUUAGCUGAUGCAUAUUAUAUAAUUUACGAGGGUAAGAAAUUUCUCAAGUCAGACCUGAGUUACAGCGAGGAACUGUACAAUUUUAUCUUCUGGCAAAGGGACGUCAUUCUUGUAUUAUAGUGUAUGUAAAUGCACCCUGUAAAUGUUUAUUUCCAUUUAAAUAUGGGACUGGGGACUCAAUUUCAGAGUAAAGCAAUUAAGUUUUAGAGAGCUUUAUAGCAAACCAGUUGCAUGUAGUGGACUUUAAACUGCUUUAAGGACUCAUGUAAACUUUCUAUUCUGUAGCAGUUCCCGUUCAUUGGAUUUUAAUCAAAGUGGCUCUGGUUUACAGGAUUUCAUUCCCCAAACGGCACUUUAAAGGAAGGGUAGACUUCUUUCUAAUAAAGUAUGCAUUCUCAUUUAGCACUCCCUUUUAGAACUUUUGCCUAUUUUAAGUGCUUUUAAGAAAAGAAAAAUAGCAAUUUCCCUUACAAUGUGAUAGUGAAGACAUGGUACCAUAUGGUGUUGCCUUUUUAUAAGCACUGUAAGUUGUACUAUACCUUUAGGAAAAACAAAAUUAAAAGUCGAGCAUGAGAACCACUCUCUGUGUAGAACUGCUGAUCUUUUACAAUAAAAGUGUGUGCUUGGGAUCAGUUGAGGAAGGACAGAGCUGCAACUAUUUACAGUGCAGUGGGUAAAGUAAUCCCGAAAGCGAGAUCAUGCUCAUGCCAUUCAUAGCUUCAUACGUUUCUGAACCAAUUGCACUAGCUUUGUUUUUUCCCGUGACGAGACUUACGACUGCCCGUUGUAAGCUGCACGCUACAGUUACGUGUUUCCUAGGAACAAAAACCAGCCGCACAGGCUGAAGCUUAUAGGCAAUACAGAUUUAGAAUGUACAGUGCGGAGGUGUGUUUGGGCCUCUCUUUGCAGUCAGUGGGACGAAUGUAAGCUCACUUCUGAUCUUCGUGUAACUACGGUGCCACUUCUCGACUUUGUCCAUAUGGAACGAUUCACAUGCCUUUGCAAUAACGAGAUUGUGAGAGGAUAGCCCCAUGCUGUAACAAUAACCCGUUGUUUGAGGUGCUUGCAGUUGUCUAAUUAAAGUGUUUUGUUUUUUCA